AUGUCGUCCCUAGCAACCUUCACACUAUUCCCUCUCCUCCCCAAAGAGUUGCAGCUCGCAAUCUGGGAGUGCUUCAUCUCACAGAACCCUCAAACAGUGGUCAUAACCCAGACUGGUGGGUUCUGGGCUACAACCAACAACCUGUCCAUCCACGUCCCGCUAGGCAUCGGUGGGUCGAUCUUUAGGUAUACGGAUGGCAGGGAGCAAUUCGUCGCGAAGUGCUCUGGGAAAGUCCAAGUGGCCUUGCAUACUAAUGUCCUGGCCAGAGAGCUGGCACUUACACAUUUCCAUCGCGUCAGAUUUGACGCCGUUAACGACCAUCCGAGAUAUUUCAACUUCUCCAGAGACGUCCUGGCAAUACGCUGCCAUCCCGAGUGGGGCAUCCAUCCUAAACCAGGUCCGGAGGUCAUGGAGUCGCUCGCGACAGUGCAGAACUUGGUUAUGCUUGGGUUUAGGCAUAGAGGAUAUGCGCUCAUGAGCUUGUCGCUUGCACCAUUUCUGCGUCUGAAGAGGCUGACUCUGUUUAAGAGAAGAGAUAGUGGUCCCGGGGACCACAUGGAGCGGUUUCUGACGAGGGCGGUGCAGAGGUUCUGGACCGAGAAAAUGAAUGCCAGACAAGUAGGCUGCGGGCUACAAGCUUCUCAACCACCCGAGAUGAUAUUCUGGGGAUCUAGGCAGCUGCACGAGUUCGAGGAAAGUUUCGGUGAGGCCCAGGAUGCAUAG